GAGCCACAACAUACUGGAUUUUGUUUAUUUAUUUAUAAUGCAAUAAAAUUUGGUCUCUUGGCAGAAUAAGGUGUUUAACAAGACAAUAACACAUAUUUGUUGUAGGUGGGGUUUUCGGCUAGGAAGUGGAAAUGUAAUUUUGGGUGGGUUGGGAAUGAGCCAUAGUAGCUUGUGAAGCAUUUUGAUGUUUUAUGCACUGAAAUUGUAUGUCUUCUCCAACUACAUUGAUUGGCUGUCUUUUUUCUUCCAAAGGUUAUAAUAGUGCCAAUAUGGAUAGUGGUGAACCUCGUAAAAAAAGGCAAAGAAAGGGAGGAGGAAAUGUGAGGUGCAGUUCAAUGAAAGUGAUUGAAAUUAUAAGUUGUUUAUCUGAGGAAAAGAGAGGAUGGGUUGGAGAAAUGGGCUUCGGCGAGUUGCUAUACAUGAAGAAAUUUAGGCAUGAUCAAACAUUAUGUGAAUGGUUGAUGAGGAAACAUUAUGUGAAUGGUUGAUGAAGAAAUUUAUCUGAUGCCGUGAAUGAGGUAUGAUUUGACAAAAACUUGUAUAUCAAUGUACUUUUAUGGUUGUGUUGAUCUAUACUUAUGUUAUCUUUCUUCUUUUUUCAGAAAUCUUCUUUGAGACUGCGAGAGAACUUAUUCCUUGAGUGGAUACAACACAAGGAAAACAGCUGUUGGGAAUCAAUGAAGGAAAGCAUAUUUUGAGUAAUAGAGAGAUUAUGUGCAAGUGGGAGAUGGUUUGCCAGACAAGAGAGACACGAGAUAACUUUUUGGUGAUUGGAUGUAAAUGUUUGUUGACAGACAUGGUAACUACUUUGUUGAAAUGGUACAUUUUGGUGGGGGUAUGGUUCUGCGUGAAUCAGAUGGAUAUUGUCCUGUAUGGUGAUCAAUUUAUGUGAAUCAUAUAUAUUUGGCGUGAAUCAGAUGGUGUUGACGUGAAUGAGAACGUGUUUGCGUGAACUAGAUAUUGUUGGCGUGAAUGGUGAUCCAUUUGCGUGAACCAUAUAGUUUUGGCAUGAAUCACAUAGUGUUGACGUGAAUGAGAAUGUGUUUGCGUGAAUCACAUAAUGUUGGCGUGAAUCAGAUGGGUAUUGGCCUGAAUCAUAUGGUUUUGGCGUUUUCAGAGAUGAAUGUGCGUGAAUUAGAUGUGUAUUGGCGUGACUCUUAUAGUUUUGGCAUGUCCCUAAAUGAAUAUGCGUGAAUCAGAUUAAUAUUGGCGUGAAUGGUGAUCCAUUUGCGUGAACCAUAUAGUUUUGGCGUGAAUCACAUAGUGUUGAUGUGAAUGAGAAUGUGAUUGCGUGAAUCACAUAAUGUUGGCGAAAUCAUAUGGUUUUGGCGUUUUCAGAGGAGGAAUUUACAAUGCUAUAUAGUAUUGGUGCUAUAGGUUUUUCUCUUUAUGGUACAACUUGAAGUUGUACUUUUAACGUUAUGGUACAACUUCAUAUUGUACCUAUACUCUUUUGUCAAAUUGUUUUAUGGUACAACUUAAACUUGUACUUUCAUUUGAUGGUACAAGUUUAAGUUAUAAAGUUGUACCAUAACAUAAGAGCACAAAUUCUUUUAUGGUACAACCUGAACUUGUACAUUUAACGUUAUGGUACAACUUUAAGUUGUACAUUAAAGUACCAAUACUUUAUAGCAUAGUAGAAGUGCUCGUUUUCAGAGAUGAAUGUGCGUGAAUUAGAUGUGUAUUGACGUGACUCUUACAGUUUUGGCAUGUCCCUACAUGAAUAUGCGUGAAAUCAGAUUAAUAUUGGCAUGAAUGGCGAUCCAUUUGCGUGAGUCAGAUUGUUUUGGCGUGAAUCACAUAGUGUUGACGUGAAUGAGAAUGUGUUUGCGUGAAUCACAUAAUGUUGGCGUGAAUAAGAUGGGUAUUGGCGUGAAUCAUAUGGUUUUGGCGUUUUCAGAGAUGAAUGUGCGUGAAUCAUAUAAUGUUGGCGUGAAAUAGAUAGUGUUGACGUGACUGGGUAAUUUUUUGAAAUGUAUAUACUAAUAUUUAAAAGUUAUUACACUAUUGAAUUGAUAUAAAACUAUAGAGUAACUCAUUCGACGAUGUGAUGUGAGUAUUGCACUUAAACUCGUGAAUGCGUUGUUGAGCAUGUUAUCUAACAUACUAGACUAUUAGUUUGGUAUAUUAUGAGUUCUUAUAACAUGUUGAAUAGUUAUACCUUAUUGAUCUUCGAGUCUGGUCUCUUGGCACAUCUAGAGACAAGAACUUUUCCUUGAUCUUAUUUGAAUAUAGUGGAGGAGAUUGAAUAUGCGUAAAUAGUUACAAGACUAACGUGAAUAAAUGUCUGUUUAUGCGUGAGUAGGGUAUGCUUAUGCGUGAAUAGUGUUAUAUUGGCGUGACAGUGUCUGUUUAUGCGUGAGUUUUAAUGUUUUAGCGUGACAUGGCGUGCAUUUGUGUUAAUCACAUGAAAAUACGGCCUUUUAGGAAGAGAGACCGGGUUUUUGGGAAGAAGCCGGGUUUUGUUAAGGAGAGGGUGUUUUUUUAAGUGUGCCCCCUGCUUGUUUGAUAAGAACACGACCGACUUUGUUUUUAUACUGGGUUGAUUGUUUUGGCGUGACUGAGAUCAAAUAUGCGUAAAUAGUUGAAGACUUACGUGAAUAAAUUUGAUUUUAGGUGACACCUGAAAGGUUUACGUGAAUAAGAAAUUGUCAUAAAUUAACAGUGAACUAAUUGCACUCAUAACAUCCAGGGGUUACAAUGAAAAUAUAUCUCAUCCAUGAGAUUUACACAAUGGAUAAGUUUGGUAUGGUCCACAAAAUAACCAAAGACCAUCCGUAUAGAAUAAACUCAUUAUAUACCCAUCCACUGUUGUCAAAAUAUGUGCAUCCUCCUGUAUUGUUUAGUAGCUAAUAUGUGAAUAUAUACUUCAUCUAGAAUCACUUAUGUAGUCAAUAUGCAUUCUGCAAUAUCAAAACAACGAGUUAAAACUAAUUGGCUUCAACAUAUAAGAUUUUCAAACAACAAAUGUACACUUUUUUACUUACGAAAUUAUGACCCAAAUGCAUGCUUGUCAAAAGUUCAGUGUGUGAACCUCCGCCACCUAGGAAAACUUGUUGAUCACAAACCUGUUCAUUUCUAGCAAAGCAAGGGUAAUUUGGAAUACCAAAUACCGAUCUAACCUGAAAAAAUGUAACUUUCAAACUUUACUUAUGUUGAUACUAACAAAUCAGCAAUGGCAAAACCAAUCAAAGCAAGGGAAAUUCAAGUCAAAGUACCUGCAUCCCAAAAGUUGGACUAGAUGCUUGCAACCCAUUUGAACUAAGAUUCAAUCGAGCUCCCCAUUCAAUUCGAUGGCUGGGUUUUGGUUUGACAGGAUUCUUUGACUUGUUAGAUGGUUUCCUAGCCCUAUGACAACAAAAUCUACAAUUUGCAGUCUCUCCCUUCUUAUUUUUUUGGGUUGUUGCCUAUGUUGCUGCAAAUCCUUUUGCUUCAGCAUAAUCUUGAUAUAACUCAAAGAUUUCAUCAGCUGAAGAAUAGGACACACCCACCACUGGUACCCACUUCCAUUCACUUCUAUUAUAACCAUUUUGCUCGGGUGAUUGAAUAGUAUUACCUCGAUCAUUGAUUUCAUCAUCUUCAACCAUGAUAGUGUCUUGUUCCAUACUUCCAGCUUCUUUCGCUUCAGUUGACUCUUUAACCAAUUGGACUGCAAAAAAAGCUACUAGUUAGAUUUUAGGGUUCCUUCAAUAGUGGAAAAAAUACAACAACAACAAGAAGAAACAAACUUACAGAUUAGAGAGGUAGUGUGAAUGAAGGUAUUUCUUCACCGUCAAUGGCGAAAUCCGGCAGCCGCCAAUGGAGCCCGACCCUUUUCGUGAAGGGGCUACUUGCUCCUCUCAAGGAAAAAAAGAGAUGAAAAAGAUUACAUGAACAAGGGGCUGGAAUUAAGGCUUAUCGGAAUAUGUUUGGGUGGAGAAUCACAGGAUUAUGAUGAGAAGGCAAUGUUCUGUGAAAAAAAAAGGCAACAAUGGUGGGUAUCUUCGUGGGGAAGAAGGGGAAAGGAAGCGUGAAGAGUCAGGAGAAGGCUUUUAUCUUCUCCUUUCCUUUCCUUUAUCUGAUAAAACAAAAUUGCUUUUAUUUCUCCUUUCUUUCAAACUUCUCGUAUCUCUUUAUCUCCCAUGAGAUAUUGGAUUUCACAAAUGAGUUUUUGAAUUUUAUAUUAUUAAACUCUUAGGUGCUGUGGCACUUGAAGUUCCAAGAGACAGCUCUCGAGCGCAUAAUGUCCUUUCAGGGCCAAUAGAGAACCGAAACGCACUUCAGGGCCCAUCUAUGUUUCCGGCAUUUGAUAACCUGCCGAAGGUAAGGCACAUCGGUGAGAUGUGUCUAGGCUAAGAUUUGAGAUAGGUGUGUGUUUUCCGGCGAGGAAAAUCUGGUGUUUGAACUCAAUGAAUGCACCUUGACUUCUCGAACAACGAUUAAUAACACGGUUCACUCCUCUCCGAACAAUGUUCGAACGAGGGUGUUUGAUGUUUUUUUAUGGUUUUUGGGAAUGAUCUAAGUUACGUUACUCUACUCCUAUGGAGGUUCAGUGAGAGCUCCGAAAACUAAGGGCUAUGGCUAAUUUGCAGAGAAAAAGAUAAAGUUUGACAUAGUGUGUCAAAUGUUUGGUUGUGGAACCCUUUUCCCGUAUUCGUUUCUCCUAUUUAUAGCCACUGGGUGUAACUUCCUUGGUAACCACCGUAGUAACUGCUAGCUGGCCUUUUGCUCCAACCGCCUUAGGGGCCGUUUCUCCUAUUUAUAGCCACUGGGUGUAACUUCCUUGGUAACCACCGUAGUAACUGCUAGCUGGCCUUUUGCUCCAACCGCCUCAGGGGCCGCUUGUCGCUGCCUUGGUGAAUAGUUGGUAACCGUCGCCUUGGGGUCUUAUCCCGUCUUGGGGCUGGUUGGUACUUGAUGGUCUCGAUGUUGGGUCGGGUUGGUGUUAAGCCAUGUCGCCCUGUCAUGACUGGAUGGGGUUGAGGUUAUUUGCCUUAGCCUCCAUGAUGAAGUCUUGAUCGCACCCUCGGCUGCUUGAUGACUCCCCACUCUUGUCGUCUUGAGACCGCUACCAUCUCAUGACACCAAUUCCUCCUCAUUAACUUGUUGGUUGUUACCAAGCCGUCUCAUCGGCUUGAUGCCUUCCGGCAGGCCACCAAGCCCAUGUAAUCAACUUGACACCCCUUGCUACCAAGCCAGUCCUGGUGGCUUGGUCUCCAUACUUAGUUUUUGUAGCCUCGUCAAGUGGUAAGUUGCACCCUGCCGGUUUGGUACCGCGUUAGGGUGCUACCAAGCCCGCCUUGGGACAUACAUGGCUGUUUGGUACCUAGUCGGGUGGCCACCUCAGCUAGCCACCAUGCCUUAGUCGAAUUUCUUAUCUUGUUUGCUUGAUACCCUGAUGUCUGGUUAUCAAGUUUGUCUUGGCCCCCUGUUGCAUGUCCACCAAGCCUGUCUUGCCGACCCCGUUGACUUCAUACUUAGCCGAAUUCAUGCUUUUCAUGUCUUGGUACCAAGCCCUGCCUUGCCGGCUUGGUACCCUCUUGCUAUGGCCAUGUCUGGUUAUCAUGCUUGACACCCUAGUACAAGGACCCCCUGGGAUGAUGUCAUGCUUGACCCCCCUUGCGUUAUGGGUCUCAACACUUGGCCAAUUUUCGCCUUUUUUCCCAUCACGUUAUAGUGACUUGUGUUGCCUUUCUCCCUUUGCCACACGCUUUGAUACCUGGUAGGCGGCUAGACCCCCUUGGAUGGUAUCAUGCUUGACCCCCCUCGGACGGUGUCAUGCUUGACUCCCUUGACGAGACCCCCUUGGACGAGACCCCCUAGACGAGACCCCCUUGGACAAGGUCAUGCAUGACCCCCCUUGGACAGUUGGAUCUCCAUUCUUAGCCAAUUUUCACCUCUGCAUCAUGCUUGACACCCUAGUGCUUGACCCCCUUGGUCGGUGUCAUGCAUGACCCCCUGGGAUGAUGUCAUGUCUGACCCCCCCCUUGGGCUAUGGGUCUCAACACUUAACCAAAUUUUGGCUCUCUUUGCUACCACAGCUAGCUAGCGUCUCGUCAUACUCUACUCGCCUUUGAUGGUAUCAUGCUUGACCCCCCCGGGAUGAUGUCAUGUCUGACCCCCCUUGUGCUUGACCCCCUUGGAUGGUGUCAUGCAUGACCCCCCUAGCCCGAUGUCAUGCUUGACCCCCCUUGUGUUGUGGGUCUCCACGACUUGGGUGGUUUAUGUUGAAGGGUGUCAACGCUCGGCACUAGACCCCCUUUGCGUGAUGGGUGGGUGUUUGGUGGGUCAAGUGGUGUGUGUUGAGGUACUUGGUAUGAAGCCCAAAAUACCAUUGUUUAGGCCCAACCUAAACCAAUUUAAUUAACAAGGUUAAGUUGG